UUAUCUUGUCUGUGGGCCGGUGGCUGGAUCGGCGAAGCAAGUUCCAUACGAUUGCCGUCGACCACGAGCCAUUACCAGCUUCUCCCCGCUCUUUCGUCGGCGUUCUUGCUUCUUGUUCACGGUGUGAAAUCUCAUCUGCUGUACGUCGGUUCCCUUUCUGGAAAUAUUGGAGGACGUAGUUUGAUCCGAGAUAUUCUUCAAUUUGGUGCUGAAUUGUUUACGACCUGGGAGGCUUUAUAAAUCUUCUAGCGAAGUUUAGAAAAUGGCUACUUUGGCUGAUUCUUUUCUAGCAGAUCUUGAUGAACUCUCUGAUGAAGACAAUUUUCUGUUAUUGGAUGAUUACAGGAUGAAGAAGAUGCUGAUGCCGAAAAUAUGGAAGAGGAUAUUGAUGGGGAUCUUGCAGAUCUAGAAAGCCUUAAUUAUGAUGAUCUGGAUAGUGUAUCAAAAUUGCAGAAAACACAGAGAUACAAUGAUAUUAUGCAGAAAGUGGCAGAUGCAUUGGAGAUGGAUUCUAAUGUCUCAAAUCAGGGAUUUGUAUUAGAAGAUGAUCCUGAGUACCAACUGAUUGUAGAGUGUAAUGCCUUGUCAGUGGAUAUUGAGAAUGAGAUUAUUAUUAUUCACAAUUUUAUACGUGAUAAAUAUCGACUAAAAUUUCCAGAGCUUGAAUCACUUGUGCACCAUCCAAUCGAUUAUGCUCGAGUUGUUAAGAAGAUUGGGAAUGAAAUGGAUUUGACUCUUGUAGAUUUAGAAGGGCUUUUACCCUCUGCUGUCAUUAUGGUUGUCUCUGUUACAGCAUCUACCACAAGUGGCAAGCCACUUCCGGAGGAAAUUCUCCAGAAAACAAUUGAUGCAUGUGAUCGAGCUCUUACUUUAGAUUCGGCAAAGAAAAUGGUCCUUAAUUUUGUUGAAAGUAGAAUGGGAUAUAUUGCACCAAAUCUUUCAGCGAUAGUUGGAAGUGCUGUUGCAGCAAAACUAAUGGGAACUGCUGGUGGUCUUGUUGCCUUAGCUAAGAUGCCUGCUUGCAAUGUUCAGCUUCUUGGUGCAAAGAAAAAAAACCUUGCUGGGUUUUCCACAGCGACCUCACAAUUUCGAGUAGGUUAUAUUGAGCAAACUGAGAUAUUCCAAUCAACACCUCCUCCUUUGAAGAUGCGUGCUUGUCGACUCAUAGCGGCAAAGUCAACACUUGCAGCACGAGUUGACUCCACCAGGGGUGACCCUACAGGAAAGACUGGUAGAGUCUUCAAAGAUGAGAUCCUUAAGAAAAUUGAGAAGUGGCAAGAACCUCCACCUGCAAAACAACCAAAACCUCUUCCGGUCCCUGAUUCUGAACCCAAAAAGAAGAGAGGUGGCCGUCGAUUAAGGAAGAUGAAGGAAAGGUAUGCAACAACGGAGAUGAGGAAGCUAGCUAACAGGAUGCAGUUUGGGGUGCCUGAAGAGAGUUCUUUAGGAGAUGGAUUGGGGGAAGGGUAUGGAAUGCUUGGUCAGGCUGGGAGUGGCAAGUUGCGUGUGUCAGCUGCUCAGAGCAAGCUUGCCGCAAAAGUUGUUAAGAAGUUCAAGGAAAAACGCUAUGGAAGCAGUGGUGCUACAUCCGGGCUGACCUCAAGUUUGGCAUUUACUCCAGUACAAGGAAUCGAGCUGUCGAAUCCUCAGGCCCAUUUGAACCAGCUAGGCGGUGGAACUCAAAGCACCUACUUUUCUGAAACAGGAACAUUUUCAAAGAUUAGGAAAAACUGAGUCAUUAGACCAUCAAGCUUUAUGUUUCGUGCCCAUGCUGUAAUCAUACAUGGAUAUGGCUUACGAUUAGGCUUUGGAAUUCAGUACUAACAGAAAGCCACAGGAGUUUAUGUUUUUAUAACUCAGAAUGUUUCUUAUUCCUGCUUGCUUGAUCUUUUUUGGCUUUAGUUGACUGAUUAGUGAUUAUCCUUUUGGCCGGCGUUAAUAUUAUAUGGGAUGCCAUACACUAUAA